UGAUUUCCAUCUAUUCCUGCAGCUCAGAGGGGGAAAGAACCGAAAAGGCAAAGCCCUCCACUCCACGAGGAGAAUUUCGUUCUUCUCCUCCGAGGAAGAAACGGAGAAAAGAACGAGGGAGAAAUGGCAGCAAUCUCCGGUUUCUGCUCUUCGUCUCGCCUGUCCCAGCCAGGCCUCCUGCACUCCGCAGGGAGAAGGCGCUUCAAGGUCACCGCCAUGGCUCCAAAGAAGAAGGUGAACCGUUACGACGAGAACUGGUCGAAGCAGUGGUUCGGCGCGGGCCUCUUCGCGGAGGGCAGCGAGGAGGUGUCCGUGGACGUGUUCAAGAAGCUGGAGCGGCGCAAGGUGCUGAGCACCGUGGAGAAGGCGGGGCUCCUGUCCAAGGCCGAGGAGCUCGGCGUCACGCUCUCCUCGCUGGAGCGCCUGGGCCUGCUCUCCAAGGCCGAGGACCUCGGCCUGCUCAGCCUCGUCGAGACCGCCGCCGGGACGUCGCCCUCCGUGCUCGCAUCGAUCUCACUGCCGCUCCUCGUCGCCGCCGUUGCCGCCGUUGUCGUCGUGCCCGAUGACUCCGCCGCGCUCGUCGCCGUGCAGGCUGUAGUCGCGGCGGUGCUCGCGGCCGGAGCCGCCGGGCUGUUCGUCGGAUCAGUCGUGCUCGCCGGCCUGCAGGAGUCCGAUUAAUCAGCAGCAGCUGGUCAAGAACUCCGUCGAGCUAGGUGAACCGAACGAGCAUAUAUCCAUUGCAUCCGAGUACGCUUGUAAAUUGUAAUUAAGUUGUAGUAGGAUCGUCUACUUGCAGUUUGCUAGUAGCUAAUGAGCAAGUAUGUGAUAAUAGUAUUUUGACAAUUUUGCGCUAUGCGAAUGCGAAAUGCUGAAGAAAUUGCGCUUAAAUGCCUUGUAAGUUAGGGAAUCAAUAAGUGUUCUUUUGUUUAUCCGAUGCAAUUGUGCCACGCCACAUCUGAAAUAGAAUAUUAAUCAUUGGAUCUUA